AUGGUUGUCGACAGUCCAGGCGCAUUGAUUCACGGAUUUCGCCUUGGGUCUGUCGUGGAGGUUGAUGGUGCAUCUUUCAACGACAGGCUGGGCCAAGUAGUGGCUUUCUCCGAGAAGGAUGGGGUCUUCAACGUGACCCUGCUCAAUGGCUCCACUCGCCAGGCACGGCCGGAUCAGAUGAGGCAGAGCGAAGGCAGAAGACCUGGACACGGCUCUGCAGGCUUCGAUGUGCUGCUGGGCCCGAGGCAUCGACAGGACUUCUUGGCAGAAGAGGUUGCUACCUGCCUGGUAGAGAAGGGUUUUUGCGUCUUAAAGAUGUGCCAACCGCAGCAGGAAGUUGAGCAGGCGUUUGACUACGUGAAGAGCUUGGCCCAGUCUGGGAAGCUCGAUCGGCUUCCGGAAGAGGUGGAGGAAGGCUACCUCGGUGAAGGUGCCAGGGCGCGUGUUGCCUGGAUGGACCCAAGCGAUCGGAACUCGUUGCAGGACAAGAUUCUGAAGGAAAGCGAUGAGUUUGUGUCGACGAUGGCAGCUUUGCUCCAGCCCUACUGUGAAGAUGCCUUGGGAAAGGUAGUGGAUGCGAGAACACCUGGCCUGGUGAGCCUUUCGUUCCCACCUUCAGAGGAUGUGGAGCCCCAGCCCACAGAGGAUUACAUUCUUGCAAGCUUUUACUCCACAUGGAGGCGAAGUCAGCUGAAGAUGAUGCACUUCCUUGGGCCCGGAGCUGCUCAGGUGAAACUGAAACCGAAGGAGGAUGACACGGCUGGCGAAGAAGCUGGCCACCAGGAUUCGGUGCAGAUAUCUGCCGGAUCAAACACCAUAUUGAUCUUCCGUCCUGGCAUGUUCGACCUGGAAUGCAGAACAGAUGAGGAGACACUGAUGCUUUCAGCAUCUUUGCUCGAGCAUGUGGACCCGCUGAUCCUGACUGGCAACGAAGUCGGCGACCUCGACUGGCUGCGGUGUGUUGAAGGCCCACCUGGUCCAGAAGGCCACGCCAUCAACGUGGUGAACCUGUCAAGCCGGCUUAUGGCCAAGUUUGACGAGCCCGAAGCGUACAGGGCCGGGCUGAGUGCUUGCACGGACACAGGGGUGGAAAUUCCAAUAACGCGCUGGGACAUUUCUGUUUACUACUGUGAAGACCCGGAUGAGGCUCAGCCUUUCCAAUCGGUGGUCAAGCAUCAGUCGUACGUCGAGGGUAUCGAACUUUUUGACCACAAGUACUUCCAAAUUAACAUCAACGAGGCACGAGGUAUGGACCCCAUGCAGCGGCAUGUGCUGGAGGUCGGUGCUCAGAACCUCUUCAAGAUGGGGAUCACGAAAGAUAUUGCAAGCCGAACUCCGCAUCACGCUGGCGUGUCUGUUGGCCUGGACAAGGAUGACUACGACUCACUCCCCAAGACUCCUGAACUGCAAGGCUCGGCGAACGUCCAAGCCAUCAUUGCAAACCGCUUCAGCUUCAUCUUCAACCUCAAAGGUCCGAAUUAUGUUGCUGACACCGCUUGCUCGGCUUCGCUCACAGCCACGCAUCUGGCCAAGUUCAUGCUCAGAGAUCAGACGAUAGACAAGAUUGAGUUCCAUAUCGCUCUUGGUAUUCAUCAGUGCUUGUCGCCAUUCCCUUUCGUGGGCAGCUCGCAAACCCACAUGACCUCCGCGCGAUGCCGUACGUUCAACGCCACAGCUGGUGGCUACAUGCGUGGUGAUGGCUGCUCCGGCCUGACGCUCAAGCCCGGCGACUUGCCAGACGAGCGCGAUGCCAUUUGGCGCGGCUCCAUGGUCGGCCAAAACGGCAAGUCAGCGACUCUCACAGCCCCGAAUGGCAUCUCGCAAGAAGAGGUCAUCUGGAAAGCCAUUCGAGAGGCCAAGAUCUCUCCGACUGAGUCCUGUGUCUGGAGCUGCCACGGAACGGGGACCUCGCUAGGAGAUCCCAUCGAAGUUGGCGCAGUUCGCAAGAUCCAGAACAAGGAGCAGCGCGACACAACGCUACUUGUCGUCACGAACAAGUCACAGACUGGGCAUUUGGAAGGUGGAGCUGCCAUGACAUCUUUGCUGGCAGCAGUGUUCCAGGUGAAGGCUUCGUCUGCGAUACCCUGCUGCCACUUACGUCAGCUAAAUCCGCACCUGGACCAGACCAAUUUCAAUGCAGUGUUCAACAGCGAGUUGAACUCCUAUCAGUACUCGCAGGGCAACGUGCACGUCUCCUCCUUCGGCUUCGGUGGCACAAAUGCCCACGCCAUCUUCUGGGGAGAGAACGUUUACCAUGCACCAAGCAAUGCAGAGCUCUACCAGAAACGCAUCUGGAGCAUGUCGCCGCCAGAAGUGAGGGUCAAUGGAAGUGACCCUGCUUUGUGGGAUUGGGACGGUCCGGACCAGGUGAUUCUCCCAGGGGACAAGUACUCCAUCGAAAUGAAUCCUGACGAUCCACCCAACGCUCCGCAGCGGUGGUUCAAAGAGGACACCGGGGUUGAGCACGACGAGGGCGAGGAUGAGGUCUACUGCCUCACAGGCCCUUUCAAUGAAUGGGAUCUUGAGCAGAUGGAGGACGGACCAGUUCCGGGUCUCUGGACCCUAACGGUCAAGGUGCCAAGCAGUGGACAGGUGGAAUUCCGCAUCUUAAGGAAUGGGAACGAAGACGAGGUCAUCUAUCCUGAUAUGGACAAGUGCUCUCAAAAGCUCACGCCCAUUCAUGGGCCCUCGAAAGAUGAUCAGAGGAACGCCAAGAACACUUGGCUCGCCGAAGGAAUUCCAGGCUCCAGCAUCAAAGUCGAUUUCUUUACAUGCAGAGGAAUCCGCAGCAUCAACUGGAUGCAGGCCACUCCUGUACUUAUGUGA